CAGUCUUAAAGGAAGUUCCCUGCUUUCCCUCUGAGAGGCCAUGUACCCCGUAGACCUUCCAGAUGUGGACGACACCGGCCGCACAUCAGCAGCUGAAAAGUAUCUCUCCUCUUUAGAGUCAGGACCUUGUAAUAAGGAGUGGUUUCAGUUAUCACAGACGUUGAAGGAAUGCGGUGUGGACUAGCCAGACCUCCUCCGCAGUGCUGUGGAAGAAGGUCUGAACAUGUGAGAUUCCAGGUCAGGGAGGGUGGAGUCUUAGAUCGCCAGACCUUCCUCCACAGAGCUUUGGUGCUAAGCUCCGGACGGAGCUUCCGGAUUUAGAACGCCAACACAAAGAAAGCGGAAGGUGACGGACAUCCGGCUGGAAAGAGUGAUGGAAUUUCCGGCGGCACCUGAACAAUCCCCGAAGUGGAACGUCGUGGAUACAGACGAGGAGCGUUACAUGAAUGCAUGAAGCCGUCUUCCUGUGUGCUCAGGUAGCGAUCACAGCUGACAGUGUGAGGCGGGUGCAGCUGUUUGAACAUAACCAACCCGACUGGUCACUGCUGGCGCUUUACUCUCCAGAUGACCCAACACAAGUGGUGGCUUUAUACCUGCAUGAGAAGUGGUGGUGUGUGGAGGACGUCUUACGAACCUCCAGCAAGUCCAGAAGUGGCUUGAUUACGGUGCAGUCGAUCACGGAGCGGGUGAUAGUGUUCCUGCUCAGUCAGGUAGUGGAGAGGUCCUCGCAGGAGAAGGUCUUGUUCUCCCUGCACCCCCCCACAGAGAGCUGCAAACUGCUGUGGAGGGACAGCCAGGCGGUCGGCUUCUACACCGUCAAACACAAAGGCAGCCUGUGUGAAGCCUGGAGCAGCCGCUGCUACCUGCUGCCCGCCCUGGACACCGUGCUGGUGAGGAGGAGCUGGAGGAGGAGAGGCCUGGGGCUUCAGAUGCUGGAAGAUUACUGCUCCUCCUUCUACACAGAGACGUGUCUGGGAAUCAGCUCUCCAUUAUCCCCCAGCAUGGCAGCAGUGUGCCGGAGCUUUCUGCAGCAGCACAAGGAACAUCUGGAGCAGCUGUAUGAGGUGGAGGCUCCAGGGGACUGGACCCAGCGCCGGAACAUCUGGCUCGGCAUCCAGCUGGGCCGCUACUCCCUCGGUGAUGGUGAGGAGAAUAGUCCAACAUCAGGAGAAAUGCAGAAGAAUGAAGGCGACGACUCCUCUCAGAAGACCUCCAGUCGUUCUGUGGACCCGACCUCAGCCAGCACCUGUAAUGUGAGCAUCCCACUGGUAAUAGACUCUCCCUGUGAUCCAAGCCGAGGACGAAGCUCCCCGAGCAGGGAGAUCUCUGGAACAGGAUGUCCUGCAGCCCACGCUGAUGGUCUGCACCCUGGAUCCCCCAGCAGACCACCACAGGCCGGGCCCUCUCUAUCUGCAGAGCCACGCAGAGAGAAAACACCGAGACGUGCCAAACGGGUCAGAAGGUCAUGAGGAAACGGACACAGCACAAACUGUUCAUUCUGAUUAGGGGAUGCUCAUUCUUAGUGGUUCUCAACCUUAUAAAAUAAUGUUUUAACAUUACUGUUGUCUUCCCGUCGACCAUGCAACUUUUUAUUUCUGGGUCAGACUUUUUUCUUUAAAUUUUUGAAGCUUUUCCCAACGUUUUUAUCAUCAGUUUUUUGUCACUUCUUCCAAUAUUUUUGUCGAGAUUUUGCCGGGUUUUUUUGCCAUUUCCUUUAAGCUUUUUUCAACAUUCUUUUAUCAUUUUCUUUUCAAAUGCUAUAAAAUUGAAUAAAACACCCAGAAUCAAUGACUGUAGUGAACUGAUCAUUUAAUCUACUUGUGAAGAGUGUUGUAGGGAACAAG